AUGUCGGUGGUGCUGCCAGGACAGCGCUUGGGCGCCGUGAGCGACGCAACGACCGCGGGCGACGGAACGUAUGUGCUCAACGGAAGCAUCUUCGCCUCCGUGGCGGGCACGUCGGCGACGGUCGGCAACGCGAUCAUCGUCCGGCGACCGGCCGGGAAGCGCAUCGCGACCGACUAUGUGCUCCAGCUCGAUGACACGGUCAUUUGCAAGGUCACGAAGCUCACGACGACCCAAAUCUUCCUCGACAUCCUCUCGGUUCGCGACGACGUCGUGCUCCGCGAGCCGUUUGCGGGUACGCUGCGCAAGGAAGACGUCCGGCCCAUGGACAUUGACAAGAUUGUGCUCGAAGACCUCUUCCAUCCCGGCGACAUCGUCAAGGCCGCCGUGCUCUCGAUGGGCGACUCGCGCGCGUACUAUUUAUCGACGGCCAAGCCCGGCCUUGGCGUUGUGCACAUGCAAGGCUAA